AUGGAUCUUCAUCAUAGCUUGCAAGUUUUAGGUAUAGAUGACCUAGCUGAUAUCACCCUGGACGAACUCGAGGAUAAAAUUCAACAUGCAAGUCCUAAUAAGAUACCCAAACAGAACGUUCUCCAAGCAUUCAUGGGAUGGCUCCACGAACGGAUCAAGAAGGAUAUUCAACAGAAGUCUUUGCUGUUGGAAUUUGCCAACCUUCUUUUAAAAACCGGGAAGCUGCAACAAGGGCCGUUCACAGAGAAUGAAAUCGAAGAGGCCCUCAAAGAAUGGCAAGUUAAGGAUGCUGCAGAUAAUCCUGAAAAUAUACGUAGGUAUCAGAUGGUACAGCUAGAUCUCCAUGGGCUAUUUGAGCAGUAUAGACAUAGCUCUAAGACGAAGAAGCAUUCACCUACGGGAUCAUCAUCGACUUUUGGUCGGGAUAUCAGACACUCGCUUGCCCAUAUUAACGAACCAAUUGACUCUCAAGCUAAAGCUAAAAAUAAAAUAAGAGAGCCUACAGUUUCCUGGGUAGUUGGCGGAGGAAAGAAGAAGACAGGCGCCAACGAUCUUCCCUUAGGUCGGAAGGCAGGUACACAUGCCAACAUCUAUAACGAGAUCGUCAAAAUCAAGGAAGAUAACAAAAAGAAGAACUCGACCAAGGCCAAUAAAGCGCCACCUAUGGAACAGACAGCAAAGCUGGGCUUAAAGGACGCAAGUUUAAGAGAGCUUAGCCCAGCGAUUACCUACAAAUCCAUCUUAUUAGACUAUUCUUCGUCAAACAUGCCUUCCUAUCUAACCACGUCUCCUCCUCAUGGGUAUAUAUGCAAACGUUGCGAGCAGCCAGGACACUGGAUCCAACUUUGCCCUACUAAUUUGGACCCGGAAUGGGAUCAAGCACCUCCGUAUUAUUAUCGAUGUGAAAUCUGCAAAGUAUCUGGCAAGCAUUUUGCAACACUAUGUCCUCAAAACGAGUACGAGCUCUCUUUAACACAGCAGCGUCUCCGCAUUAAGAUUCCACCAAAGAUGCCUACACGAGAUAAACGCUCCCACUAUCGAGACCGUUCUCCCUUCACACCAUCACCCCAAAGCCGCCCCCGAAGCCCUACCUACCUCCCUUUGAGACGUAAAAAGCGUAAUGUUUACAGACGAGACGAGACCCCGGAGGAUCGGACCCGUAGCUUAGGUGACCGAUAUCAAUCGCCCAACGAUCGCAGAAGUGUUUCACCUUGGUCAACACGUGAGCGGAUGACUCAAGAAACAUACCGUAGAGAAGACUCUCCUCAUGAACACUCUUCGGGCAAUUACCGUUUAAGGAAGCGUUCGGUCACCCCCCCUCGCAAUCACCGAAAGCGAACCAAAGCCCCUCCUCCUGAAGAACGUUCACGUCCGUUCUUGGAUUUACAUAAGACUAAAAGGGGCGCGGAAGAAGGAAGGCUGGGUUAUGAUAACGAUGAGUUUAUGGGCUCGCAUAUUUCUCCAGCGAUGCCAAAAGAUAACAUUCUUCCCAAGGAUCUCUUCCAAGGCACAAUCGAAAGCAAGAAUGAACUAAUGGCAGACGCUGCACCGCUGCCUGAAGACACUGCUGAAGAUAUCGAGAGAGCUAGGAAAGAAGCAAACGAGUUUCUCGAUGCUCUAACAAAUGAAAUUUCCUUAGACGAUACGCAAGUCUCACCUCCCGCAAACGAUACGUCUACCGACGAGUAUUCAUAUCAAUUAGACAAGAUAGAUACUGACAGCAGCAAGGAGGGGGAUGAUUUUGAUGAAGACAGUCUUACAUUAGCGGAGAUCGCAGACCAGCGCCUAUUCCAGGGUCCACACUUUGGAUCUGAAGUGACAUCCCUUUUCAGAGGCCGGACGAUUCCGAUAGUUCACAGCAAAGCAAACAGGAAGACUGCCAAAGAGAUGAUCGAAGAAGCCUGGAAGCCCACCUGGGCCUAA